UGUUCACACCCCCACAAGACACACUCACGCCUACUAUAACACAACUACCCACUUCAUGUAAGUUUCUACAUUACAAAAGAGCCUAAGAGGAGAGGAACAAUGGUCUAUGAAGCCAGAGUCAUGCUGCUGUUCCUGCUGGGGUAUAUUACAGUUUCAGUGUCAGGUAUCCAGAACGUGGAGGUAUCAUGCUCUCAUAAGAACAUCUGUGCUCUGAGACAGUCGUCUGUGAACCUGAUUUGCUCCUACUCAAAUAUCGGUAUCAUCACUGGAUUCUGGUUCAGUCUAAAGGACAAAGCUAAAUGGAGGGAGGAGGAACAUCCAGAGGAUUUAACUUUAGACUCUGACUACGCCGGACGUGUGGACUACACAGAGAUGACAAACAUAACCUUCACUCUUACAAUAACAGACCUGAGAGAGAGAGACUCAGGGGAGUAUCGCUUAGUGCUCGUAAAGGACAAAGGAGAGAAAUACGUGAGCUCCACUGGAGUUACUCUGACAGUUACAGACCUGCAGGUGACCCGUGAUUCCACACAAUAUGUUCUCACCUGCCACACUUCCUGUCGUCUAACUUUUGCUGCUAAACUGUACUACUGGUACAAGAAUGGACAAUUCUUAAAGGAUUACGAAGACAAACAGGGAACUUUCACCUUAACAACUACUGAACAAGUCAGUUACUCCUGCUCUGUUCAUGGCUUUAACGAGAUACGUUCUCCUUCUCUAUGUGUUGGCAGGGACUGUUGGAGUGUGACCUACCCAGACAAUAGAGUCUGUGUUCUGGAAGGAUCUUCAGUGGAAUUUACUGGAAAUUACAUACCUCCCGAUGGUCAGAGAGUUGAUACAAUAUACUGGCAUUCUUCUAAGGACUUCCAAAACCUGGAGAAUGAAAAUCAGUUUGUUAAUCGAGUUAAAUAUGUGGAACAAAACAGAAACUUCACUUUGAACAUGAAGCAGCUGACAAAGAAAGACUCUGGAGAAUAUCGGCUUAGAAUAACUAAUCAACGUGACAAAUUCUCUGGUAGACCUGGAGUGGUUCUGAAUGUUACAGAUCUGCAGGUAAGACUGAGUCACUAUGCUGUGGCAUCAGAAGAACGGACGGCAGUAACGCUGGGCUGCAUCACCUCCUGCACUCUGCCCAACAGCCCCAUUUACAUGUGGUACAAGAACGGACAGCCAGUUAUUAGCAAACUCACCAAACACAACAAGCUCUACCUGAUCUCCAGCGAGGAUGCAGGGAAAUACUCGUGUGCCGUGAAAGGACGUGAGGAUCUUCGCUCUCCUGAACAAAUUGUUACAUUUCCAGUGGUUGACCUUUGCUCAGAAUGUCCUAAAGGGAACAAUAUCGGCAUCAUAGCGGGAGCAGCAGUCGUUCUGGCUUUAAUAAUCAUCGCAGGAUCUCUGUGGAUAUGGAGAAGAAAGUCCAAAUCAGGUCAAAGACAAAGCUCCACCGAGGACUCGGAUCCUCAGAGUGGACAGGUGGCUGUCGCGCCUCAGGAUGACGUUCACUACUCCAGCAUUCUCUUCUCUUCCCGCACUCAGGGAUCAUCUCAGCCCACAGAGGAACACGAGCAGGUCCAGUACGCAGAGGUGAAACUCAAACGUCCUGCUGCUGCCGUCUAGUGGUAAAGAUUCGGGGCAAAUGGAAGCCAUUUGUAAAUAAACAGCACAAAUAUCAUAGCUCCACCACCUUGUGUCUAGCCUCCUCAAUCAAACAUCUAAAGAUUUAAUAGAAUAAUAGCAUCAAGUGAGUGUAUACUUUGUAGAUAUGUAUAGUCAGGAUUGAAUAAAGAAGGGGAUAAAAGAUAUAGAUUUGUAAAAAUAGUAACAGAAUAAUAUAUACAUAGAUUUUUUUGGAUAGUGAGUUAUACCACAUAUUGUAUAUAUGUAUAUUUAAAAAAAAAAGCAAAAACGAUAUAAAUUCGAAUAUAAUGCAUUUUUAGUGCCAACAAAUUGUUAGUCUAAUGUCUUAUUGUGUGUGUGCUUUAUUAUUUUACUUUUCUCAAAUAGUGCAUUUUAUUCAAUUGAAAUAUAGCAUUAAUGAUUUUUUUGUGUUAUGAAUGGUUUGUACUGUUUUCUACCUGUAACUUGCAGUUCGGUUUCCAGACAUGUAAUAAAUACUAUAAUUGCUCUUAUUCCAUGCAAUACCGAA